CCCAAACCAGCGGAGGACACGACCGCACGACGCGAAAUGGAUGCCGGCCUUGGUGGGCGCGGGGGAAGCUCCAACAUGGUUAUGGGUGCUGUGCGGAAGCAGCACAUGAAUAUCGCCCUGUGGUUUGGCUUCUUCACAGCCUCGUUUGUGGUCUUCUACCUGUUCAGCGACGGCGAUUUCUCCUUCCUCAUGACGUUCGCCUCUUUCACGAGAGGCUUCGGGUUCGCCGUACUGCUGGGGCUGAUGCUUGCGAAGAAGCACGCGCGAGGGGUCUCCAUGAAGAGUCUCCAACUCUACGCCGUCGUAUUCGCCUCGCGGUUGGUGUCGGUGCUGCAGCACGAAGGGUACCUUCCCUACGACAGGAGCGGUGACUUCGUUUACCACGGGGCCGAGAUCGCCUCGCUGGCGCUGGCGGUGGGCUGCGUGGUGCUCAUGUCGACCAAGUUCAAGUCGACCUACCAGCAGGACGUGGACUCGUUCGGUGCGCUGCACGUGCCGACGGAAUGGGGCACGCUCUACAUCUUCGUCCCUUGCCUGCUGCUGGCGAUUGUGAUGCACCCGAACCUGAACAAGAACUUCCUGUCGGACACGGCAUGGACGUUCUCCAUGUACCUGGAGAGCAUGGCGAUUGUUCCUCAGCUGUUCAUGUUCCAGAAGCAGGCGAAGGGAAUCGUCGAGGUGUUGGUCACGCACUCGACUUUCGCCUUGGGUUUGGCGAGGGUGCUAGAUAUGGUGUUCUGGAUGUUCAGCUACAAGGAGCUGACCCACGCGGGCUCGAACUCGGUGGGUAUGUUCGUGCUGUUCUCCCAGUUCGUCCACGUCCUCAUCAUGGGGGACUUCUUCUACUACUACGCUAUCAGCGUGAAGACAGGGAACAUGAUGCAGCUGCCAUCUCAGCUGUCGGGCAUGGUCUGAUGUGCUCGAGGUUUCGGUCCAUCUUCGACGCGAAGACGCCACUAUGUGACGGUGGCGGUGGUGGGAAAUCACUCUGUUCGACCUAAAUUUCCGUCGACACGUGUGGUGGUUUCGCGGCCGAAGAUAGCCUGGGGGAUUCGGCCGAACAUAACAUUAAAACCAACCCAAAAGGCGUGUUCCGUGUUUGCGCCGCUGCGGAACAGAGGAAGGGGAGAACACUACCGCGUAUGACACAAGAUAACACACCCCCUGGACCGAUUUUCAAAGCUCGAUUACUCCACGACGAAGAGGAUGCAUAAACGAAACGAUACAUUUUCGAAAAGCUCUCGACGAGGCGGUUUCAACGCCGCCGUUUUCGACGCUGUGACUGUUCCGGCAGUUGAGAAAUCGAGCUUCGAAAAUCGGUCAAGGGGGUGUGUUAUCUUAUGUCAUAUACGGUAUUUCGGAGGGGGGAGGCAACCUUUGUUGGCCGGCAGGACGAGCGAUAGAAAUGAGGGGACCGGUGACUGUUCCAGGAAUUUUUGUUGUCUCAGCGAGAUCACAGGCUCUUCUUUCGGUAUGGCGAUCUCUCAUUUACUACUGUUGCUGCGAAACCAAAACACGAUUGGGACGGAGGGGCGCGACUUGUCUUUUCGGAAGUGCUAAAAGUGAGGUACGCACAUGUUUUUUUGAAGAGAACGCCGCAGCGCGUUUUGUUUUCGCACGCAUAGGUAUGGAUGUCGACGAGUGGAUGUGUGCACUCGCUUGACCGCCACUUGCUACCGAAGCGUGCAUGGAUUGUGUACCAUUUUGUGCUGUCUUUCUUUCGUCGGGAUUGGGAGGGGCGGGUGGGACAUGCGGUCUCGUGAGCAAGAGAGAGCUUACUCGUGGGCAAUGCAAUGCCCUUCGGGUGGCCUCAAAUCAACCCAGAACUCGAUUGGAUUGGAUAAGACUUGUGAGCAUUGGAUGCUGACCGUUCCCCCCACCAACGCCGAGCAUGCCAUGGGCGUUGGAGCUUGAUUCUGGUCCUAAUCUGGUAGUCAAUCACCGGAUGGGGUAAUUCGUCUCGGCUUCGUGAGGGUACAAGGCCAUUAGUCGGAUUACAAGCGUGUCAAUCUUUUGGUACCCCCCCCCCGACGUUGGUCUAACAACUUGGAGGCAUGCAAAACAUUGGUAAGACGACCGGCCUCGCUCGUCUUGCGUAUUAUUGGUUUUGGAUCUAAAGUCAGUGCGUGUGCGUCGGUGGGACGAGCCAUUCUUCGAGACAUGGUUUCGCGGUAGGUUGGGGCGUGACGAGACCUUCCCCGGCAGCCACUCUCAUUCUGUAUUUUGUUGUUGUUAUUGUUCUGGGAGGAGGGGCGACGUUGGUGACAUGAUCGUCGGUGCUGUUGAAACUUGUUCUGGUACUCAAUAUCGUGUGUUGAAAAGAUGUCGUCGCGUUAGAAAAUGUUGAUUGUCGCACUGCUGUCCUACCCGGCGUUGUGAUGCGAGCUCCUCUGCUGUGUCUGUUAUCUAUUUUUCCGUCUUGCUACAUGUCUCGUGGAUUUUGUGUAGUCUAGACUAAUGAACCAGGACCUAUCCUCGCCUUGGAGCAGUGACGUAUGAUGUUGACGCCUGCCCACAGCGGCAGUAGUUUGCAGCAUUGCGGUGCGACAUGUCGCUGCGUAUGUAUGUAACAUUAUUGUGCUGCAGCCCCAGAAAACGAUCUCUACUGCUUGGUGCGGGCGCAGUCGGAGGCAGCGCAGGAAGAAGAUAACACGUUGCGUGAACGUAGAAAGUGUGCAAUAUAUUGCAACAGGUGCACUUCAUGACAUUUUGCGAGGUCGUGAGAGUUCUCCAAUGCACACCGCAGUACACAGCAGCUGGUGCGCGGCAGUACCUCAAAAGAAUCGGGCACGAAGAAGAGAACAUAUAUGUCGCGUGGAUUUGAAGAGUCUGAAUGCACCGCAACCUUGUUGCGCUUCUUCUCUUUUUCAAAAUAAUCACGUACUAGAUUACUAGAUGCUGUGGUCGCCCUACGCGAGUUGUCGUAUGAGCGGGGCGGAGGAGGGCAGAGGGAAGCGAGAGGUGAUCCCACGUGUGCCACACCGACACAGGUGAGGCAGCUUUUCCUUCUGGUGGGGCUUGGUGGAAACUCCGAGUUGCCUUGCCAAGAGUGAGGCGAGUAGAGCUGUAGUUGGUGAUGGAAAGCAACGUAG